AUGGUCUCUACCGACUCCAUUGAUCAAAAUACAGACUAUAAUGAUUUAGCAAACACACAAUCAAUAACAGAUUCAUUAAUUUUUUAUCCAAUAAAUACAAAUGAUCCAAAUUCAAGAACAUUAGUAAAUAAUGGAAUUAAAUCACGGAAUAGUACAACACUAUAUGAACGAUCAAUUUCGGUAACAAAUGUUUCUGAAACUACUACUAAUGAUUUAACAUCAAAUAUAAUUAAAAAUCGACAUCAUUAUCAAAUAGUGAUAAGAAAGAAAAUCGACGAAUUAUUGAUAUACAUCGUUAAAUUAAAACAAAAGAAACUGGCUCGUGUUUGUGUAAAAUUUCAAGAUCGAUUACAACGUGAUAUGACAGCAGAAAUUGAAUUAGAUGAAGCACCAAAUAGUAUAGCAAAAGAAUUAUUAGAACUCGGGUUAAUUCAUAAAGAUGAAUUUGAUGAAAUACGUAUCAAAUUGCAAAUACGCACAGCAGCUGCGAACGUUAUCACAAACAAUACAGUAAUAAAUGUUGAUACAUUACGAACAAUUAUUACAAAGCUACUUCGUAUGUGUAAGAUAACGAAUAUGGAUGUGAAUGAAGUUGUUACGUUAGAAACUGGAACUGGUGGUGCUGCAGGUGGUGUCAAUUGUAAUAAUAUCAACCAAGUUGUUGAUGGAAUAUAUAGGGAUCGAGAAUUACGUCGACAAAUCUUGGAAUUCUUCGCGACCUAUAAUCAAAUACCUAAUCUAAGCUAUAAUGAAGAUACUGAAGAUGAUCAUACAUCAUUUCGUACUCCACCAAUAUCACAUUAUGCUUUAUUAAAUCAACUUCAAACACUUGAUAUGACAACAACUAAUAAUAACAAUAAUGAUCUUGCAUAUUCUCGUCAUGAAGUAAAUCAUAAAAAUAAAUUAAAACAUAUUUGUACUAUAUUUGCACAUGAACAACUUGAAAGACUUGAAUCAGAAUUUGAUAAACAACAAUAUAUCGUUGGGAAUGAAAGAUUUUAUUUAGCAACAACACUUUGUUUAACUGAAGCACUAGUUAAACGUAUUCAACGAUUAACUGGUGGUAUAAUAGGUGGUUUUCGAUCAAGUCUUCAUCAACUUCAAGGAUGA